AUGGCCUCUUCGGGCACUUCAAGCCAGCUAAAGACCAUUAUCGACCAUGUGUUCCUCCCUCCCAAGCUCCCAGGCGGCGACGAUGAAGGGUUGGAUGACUGGGAGACCCAGCUUGUCGCUGCUCUUGCUGUCUCUCUAGAGAAAUUUGGCUAUUACGAAUGGCCCCAGGCCGAUUCUGCCUCCCUCAAGCAGGCGCUAGGAGCUGUCGAGGCGUUCAGAAACUUGAGCGGAGCUGGUCCCAUUUCGGCCACUGAACUCACAUCUACGCUUGCGAGACUUUGGACUGAAGACUCUGUCAUUCCCCUCCACGUUAGGCGCCAGAAUGCCGGUAUCCUUCUUCGAUCCGUCGGCGGCCACGUCUUCUUUGAAUGCUUUGAACUCUCUCCAACAAACUCUUCCGUCUUUGCCAACAAGGGCCGCUUGCGAAGGCAGUUUCCCGCCGCUACUGUAUGCAUGCCGCGCGAUACUCUAGCCCGCGAGGGCUUUUGCGCCGCCAUUUCCACCCUCAUCGGCGACAUGAGCGCCCAGAGUGUUGCCGAGAUGCAGCCCCAAAUAAAAAAGGCUCGGCGAGCCCAGGUGGAGGAUCGUGACACGGUCAAUCCAGCCAUAGUAACACAGCUUCUUACAGCCGUCUUGCGCCCGUUUGGUGAGAUGGUUUCUGGUCGAGGGUUGUGGAAAAAUACGCGCGAGGAGGUCCGUUACGAACAUGGAAAUCGCCUGCCCUGGAGGCGAUCUCCCAUCUGGCUUUUGCUGCGAGUCAUCCUACAACUGACCCUCGCUGGAGAGGAGUUUUCAUAUGACCUACCACCCCGUGGCCGGCUUUACAAGAGGUUCAUGGUCUAUUUUAUGGCCCAUGUCUUGAAACUCUCUCUAGACGGGGGCCGCUCCAGUAGUGCCCUUCAUGUCAUGAAUGCCAAACUCGCUCGUCGUCUAAUCAAGCUUGACAUCAAGCAGACCGAGCCAUGGAUGCGGAAGGUCCAUGAAACCAUGAAGAAUGCCACUGCACAUCUGCGGGGCAGGUGGGCAGCCGUCGUCAAGGACGACUCCAGGUCACUUGAAUUCUCUGGCAUUCUUAAGCAGUCUAUGGACCAAGAGUGCAAGUUCUCGCUUCCCGAGCUGGAAAGAUUCCUUGAUGAGGUUGGACAGGGCGUGGGCCUAGAUGGCGCCAAUAACUUUCGACCAUCAUCUGCAAUCAUACGGUUAUCCAAACACGCCCUUCCUUCGCUACAAUCUGCUCAAACCUCUGGCGAUUAUCGAAUCUACAACAUUGUGGCUUUUGAAAAUUGGGUGACUUACUUUCUUCGAGACUGGAUCGAGGAGCAUCUCGAAGAUGAAGACACAGGUGAGAAGCUAUACAUUAUCAUGAAGGAGUACCGGAAAUUUGCAACGAACCUCUACAAGUCGAAGCCAGAAGGGCAAUCCAUCAUGACUCUAACUCUGUUGGAGCUCUGGGUUGCGUGUGACCGAUCUGCUGUUGCCAUUCAUUCUUUGCUGCGCGACUACAAUCCCGAAGUGCCUAUUGAGGUUUGCGCGUCCCUUCUGCUUCGUUCUCGGGUACAUAUGGACAGACUGGCGGCCAUCGAAGAGUAUGUCCAGGAACGACGGAGGCAAGUUACUCAUGUGGAGUCCAUUUUCACCACCUUUGGCACCUCCAGAACAUUUGGCGUCCGAUACUACCACAGUUCCCCAAAACAACAACAAUUGCUUAGUCAAAUUGAGUGGCGUGCCAGAGAAGAGCAGGAGAAAAAGCGCAAUCAAUUCAGGGCUCUCAAAACCCAGUACAACGACCUCAUUGUCCAAGCUGCGUCUUUGUCCCAUGAGAGUAUCACAAGGAUCAACAAGUGGGGUGACAAGUACCUUGAACAUGUUCAUUACCAUUGCCAGAAAUGUCGCCUAGGCUCAAUCGCAGAUAACCUCCAGAUUUAUAUUCACGAGUGGCCAUUGCCUAGCGAUGAAACAGCGGCGAAGGCGACCGUUUUUGAGCUCGACGUGCCACGCCCUUUCCGAUUUUGGCGGGAUUGCACCCAUUUCAUGCACACGCGUGUCCUUGGCAAGGGUGGGAGCUGCACCGAAGGCCAACCGUAUAUUGGUUACUUGUCCGAAUAUCAGGGACUCAAAGAGUUCAUGGACGGGGGUGCCAGCGAGAAACAACGGGUAGUUCUUGCCUCGAACACCAAGCCCAAUGUCGCCACUCAUCGCGAUGCGAAGGACAUCUCGAUAUCUGAGGAAUAUGAAAUUUGUCUCGAAAACGGUAUGAGCUGGGGCUUCUUUGACCGGGAAGAAAACAACAUCAUGGAGGAACUCAACAUCGACUCCUACGUUGCCGAGGCUUGCACGUUUGUCGUUCCUCGUUCUUUGCAACCUUUCUUGAAUCGACCUUGGAGCACACCUGACGGGCUGGACCCGAACAUGGUCAUUGCAAGCCAAUCAAAGUGUCCUGAUAACCUUUCCACUGACGAAUUCAAAGCCUUGUGCUCUCUCCCACUAGGUCACGGAGUGAUUUGGGAGAAUCUUCUCAAGGAAUUUGCCAUGCCUUCCGUUGAUUGGGGUAAGGUUGAGACCGCCCUCUUCGCCUGGCAGAUAUCCCACCAGGCUGGUCCUUCUCUGGCAGGUUCUGUGUUGCGAUCUGCACACAAGGGACUUGAAGAUGAGGCCUUGGUCCUAAAUUUGCUACGUGAGAUGAGCAAGUGUCUGAAUCACCUGAAGGAAAAUUGGGAGUGUCUGCCAGCAGUCGCGACAUUCACCAUCAUAACAGCCCGGUUGCUAUCACUCACAAUUGAUCUUGUCGCCAACUCGUGUCUCGACCUUUUGUCGUCUUGUCGUCAAACAUGUUUUGCAUGGAUGCAGACUCUCCGAGGAAAAGUCUCCGCCGCCAGAGAUGAUGCACACCUACAAAACUUGACCCGACGGCUGCUAGAAACGGCAUUGGCUUGCAGUCAAACAUUCGACGUAGAUGCUAGGUAUUUAAAAAAGAUGCUGCAGAACCCAGAUGCUGUCUCCGUCUUUAUUGAGUCCUGCAUUACGAUCCAAGAAUCUCUUGGCAGAAAUAGAAAGAACGCGACGGGUGACGUAGCCUUCCUUCCAUCUCUCGAACUCAGCCAUCAACGUCUUUUAUUUUUAACAGAGUCACCCCUUAUGGAUGAAAUUACAUCUGGAGGUAAUCUUGGGCUGGAUCUUGCUAUUGCGAAGAUUUGGCCUUCCUACAACCGUGCUAAAGGGGAGAGUUGGACCGAACAAGCUUCGUGUUGGGUUCAGACCACUUCUGCCAGUCAGGACGGCACGUCGCGUCUCCAAGUCCACUAUAACGUCUUGACUGCCGAACUUUUGGUCAAUGGUCUUCCAUUGAGUCGCCUGCCGUCAGAUUACGAGCUCCACGAGAAUUAUCCCGUGCUUUUUGGACGGUCCUCGGUCGAGGUCAUGCCUAGCGCUGAGAGAGGCAUGAAGUUUUCAACGCGAUGCGAGAUCCAAGGGUAUAAGAUUCACCUGUCGCUACAGAAUAAUGAUCUGCUCAUCCGAGCUUGUAAAGGAGAAAAUGCAUGGGAGCUUGUUCCAUCGCGUGUGUUUUACGGGGCUUUUCCCAGUCGUUUUAUCCACAGCCAUGUCCACUGGUACGAUGUAGCAAACGAGGUAAUUGAGUUUCGCCGAAAAGACCAGCCUUGGAAGCCUGACGAGCGAGGAUGGAAGCUGCUCAGGCAUGAGUGCAAGUGGCGACUCGAGUGUCCCAAUACGUUUCUGAUCAACCCGUCAUCAAAAACUGCCUGCCGGCUCUCCGAGGUUUUCAAGCCGCUCGAACAGCUCCCUGGCUUGCAUAUAUCCUUUGAACGUAGCACAGGUUGUCUUGAGAUUGAUAUCCCUCGGCUACAACUUUCAUUUUACAUUGAGGCUAAGUCUAGUGACAUCAUGUCUCGCCAAUACAGAGGAAUGCGUGUUGAUUCCCACCAAACCAUAGGCACUCUGAUAGGACUGGUGGAUAAGCUGGUCCUGGCCAAGGUCGGAGGCAAUCUAGACCGGUCAGUUCUUAUUCCAGACUGGGCUCCUUCUUGUCAAAAGAACCAGAGGACAGAUCAUGUCACAGUCGCGAUACCGUCUUCUGCUACUCGAGUUGAAGUUUACCAGCUGGAUCACCAUCUCCAUCGCCUGACAGGGAACGGAAGUCUGAAGAGCAAACUCUUUCUUGCAGAGCUUCAUGGCCUGACCUCCAGCUGCGUCCCAGACCCGUUCACGCUACAUACGGGCACUGAGGAGGCACUCACUAUUUUGCGCUCAGAAGGCGUGCGCUCCUUUACCUGCCUAUCGCAAGAAGAAAUCGAUCUCUUGAAACGAAUCUCGCAAUUGUCCCCAGAACGCUCCUUCUACCCAGCGAAUCUCAAAGUCAUGCAAGUCGUUGAUUGGGGUUCCCGCGGCCUAAGUCCGCUGUCGCAGCACGUUGAUUUUAGCAGAUCUGUUCGAGCUUUAUUUAUCCAGGCCGAAGAAACAUCUUUCUUCUACAGCGACUUUGUCCAGCCACCACCCACAGGGGAAGUUCGUGUCGUGUUGGAAGCUCGCGAGGCCAUCAGGUCAUCAGUCUUCUACAGAGACGGGUUUGGAGCCGAGGCACACACGAUGGAUUAUGAUGCUCUCUACUCGAAGCCUCGGGAUGGGGGCCAAGACUCACAGCGUGCGCGCGAUGUGUCGAAUGUGGCCGCUAUUUUCCGCGACAGUGACGUGAAAGUACCAUUCCAGAUCCCUCAAGACUUCGCCCACUCGCUGUAUCAGAAUCUCACUGGGCUCCCCAUCCUUCCUCCUCGGCCACGCAAAGAAAGCAUUUGUUUGUCGUUUAAUCCCAAGUGGCUCGAUAACCCGUGGCCUGCUCUCACUGAAGAAUGGCGUACGAUCCAGCUAGCUAUAGAGGGCAUAGCGGGCAGAAACCCCAACGAUUACUUUGCACUCCUGCCAUGGAUCGUUUCCAUCGCCUUCGCCCAGCCUAUUGAGAGCGGUCUGCUUAGCACUCUGGGUGGGCUCAUCUUCCACCCAAAGCACCGAGUGAUGGUUUUCCCCCAAAACGAAGCUCUAGAUCUUGACAAGGGAUACAAGGCUAAUCGCAACGAGAUCGAAGGCUGCGUAAACUCGUGUGCUAUUUCUUUCGAGAGUAGCGGCUGGACUAAUGGCACUCGUUUGCCUAGAGAAACGAACCGACAAGCCCACGAGAGACGCGAGCGUCAGUAUCUCUCCUAUCAGGCCGAGUGUGUCCAUAAGUUUUCAAAUGAAAUCUAUGAGCAAUGGCCGUGUCAAAGCCCGUCCGUGCCGACAGAUCCCGAUGCGAGUGACUACAUUCACAUCCACGCGGCGAUGGAACAGAUCCGGACCAAAUUCAAAAGCUGGUACCAUAAUCACCAAUUCUUCCAGUCCAUAGAAAGCAUGUGUGCCUCAUUGCGUCAGAUCCCUGUAAGACCUACUCGGUUGACUUCAGUGAACGCCUCUACUCCACCGCCAACUACACAGAAUGUUCUCCGACAUGUCAUGAUCACUGAUCUUUUCAAACCCACGGGAAUUUCGUCGUUGCCAGAGGUAAAUGACACGAUUCAGCCACCAACCCUAGUUCCCCAGUCCGAAACAUCCAACGGUCUCCAUCUAGUAUCAGCCCUCAAGAGGCGAAUCGCCACAAUUGCCAGAUUGCCGCAAGAGAUCCGCUAUCUCAACCAACUUUCUGGAAGCAUUGACCAGCUGCGCGGCAAUGUAGAGCAACGCCGUCUUACUACGACUGGAGAGGAGCUGUUUCAGUCUCUCCACAACUAUUAUCAGCUAAGUCUGGAGAAUUAUGAUGCGUUGUUAUCAGCGUUCAAAGUCACCUUCUCAUCCCGACUCCAAGGCGAAAACAGCAUUUCUUCCCUUUCUAUGGUAGAAAGUACAGAUAUGUGGCCCAGUGUAUCUCCAAGGCUCAUCUUAAUGCAAUUGAACAGGGCCAACUGGAAGAGCCUACCCCUUGAAUGGAAGGAAGCUGUUGUGAAUUUUGGUUGCUGCGUCUCACAGCUCCAAGGGUCGGAGCGGUUACUUCAACUACACGGCCAGGAAGCUGAUCUCGUGAAGGAGAUAUCAAACUUUGGACCAAGGACCUGGAAUCCAAUAGAUCAUCCAGACUCGCUCCUCUUAGAGAUAGAGGGUAACCUUCGGAUUCGCAAGGCCCAACAGCAGAUUGCAGAAACAAUGGAGAACCCCCCAGCCUUACCGAACAAGAAUGCUGUCAUGCAGCUUAACAUGGGUGAGGGCAAGUCAUCAGUCAUCGUGCCUACCGUCGCAGCCGCUCUCGGCGACGGUACAGGCCUGGUGAGAGUCAUCGUGGCCAAGCCCCAAUCACGGCAAAUGUUCGAGAUGCUUGUGUCUAGAUUGGGAGGCCUCAUUGGCAGACGGAUAUAUCACAUGCCGUUUUCGAGAAGUCUGCGUCCAAGCGCUGCACAGGCAAAGUUCUUGGAACACCACUAUGGGCAAUGCCGAGACCAUGGAGGGGUGCUGCUUGUUCAGCCGGAAAAUCUUCUAUCUCUCCAGCUGAUGAUUCAGGAGGCGGCGUUCAAAGAGGAUGAAGCACUGUCGAGCUCGCUUUUGCGUAUCCAACGCAACUUCUUCGACCAAUUUGCCCGCGACAUUAUUGAUGAGAGCGAUGAAAAUUUCUCCGUCAAGUUUGAGCUCAUUUACACGAUGGGUCUACAGGGCCCUAUCGACUAUGCGCCUGGGAGAUGGAUAAUUGUUCAACAGGUUCUAGGUCUAGUUGCCAAGUACGCUCCGACGUUGCUGGAGCAGUUUCCCAAGUCAAUCGAAAUCCACAGCACGUCCACAGACAGAUAUCCACGGAUCCGAUUCCUCAGCAAGAAGGCAUCCGACGAGGUUCUGCGACUUGUCGUUGAUCACAUCUGCGAAACCGGGCUGCUCCCUGGGUUUCCGAUCUCCCGGCAAAGCAAGGAAUAUCGAGACAUGAUUCGCCAUUACAUUACCGAGUCAAAUCCAUGCCCCGAUGCUGUCGCCAGUGUCGAGGAAGGCGCCUUUUGGGACAUGGUCUCUGAAAGUAUCUUACUCAUACGAGGACUCUUUGCAAGCGGUAUCCUCGAGUUCGUCUUUGCCAAGAAGAGAUGGCGGGUCAACUAUGGCCUCGAUGCGACACGAGAUCCGCAGACGAGGCUGGCCGUCCCAUACCGUGCCAAAGACAGCCCGAGCCCGAGAUCCGAGUUUAGUCACCCAGAUGUUGUCAUCUGCCUAACAUCAAUCUCUUAUUACUAUGGGGGUCUCACCGACGACGAGCUUUUCCUCGCCUUUGAACGCCUCCUUUUGUCUGAUCAAGCAGACGGGGAAUACCAGGACUGGGUCAAGUCAGUACAAAAUCUGCCUGAAAGUUUCAGACAGCUAAAUGGCGUGAACAUUCGCGACCGACAGCUCUGCAUUAACAGACUUUUUCCUCAUCUCAGGUACUCCAAGGGAGUAAUCGAUUAUUUCCUCUCCAAAAUAGUCUUCGUCAAAGAAAUGAAGGAGUUCCCGUACAAGCUUUCGGCCUCGGGAUGGGAUCUCGGCCGUGUCAAGAGCUUCCCUGCGACAGGCUUCAGCGGCACAAAUGACUCUCAGCACGUGCUACCUCUAACAGUAAAGCAGCUCGAUCUACCUGACCAGAAACACACCAAUGCUCUCGUGCUGGAGAAUUUGUUGCGGCCAGAGAACUCGGUCUCUGUGCUCUCUCAGCAGCCGGGCCAUACCGCAGUCUGGGACGCUAUGCAACUACUCAAAAUGACCGUGCGAAUGGACCCAGAGACACGGGUAAUUCUUGAUGUUGGCGCACAAAUUAUCGAUUUGGCCAAUGAAGAAGUAGCCAAAGCCUGGCUGCAUCUUGCACGAGAUAAGACAGAGAUCCAAGGAGUGGUGUUUUGUAGUGACAAUGACGAGCUAUCCGUCUUGGACAGACAGGGACACGUCGAGCGGCUACAGACUUCGCCAUUUGCUAAGCAUCUUGACGCAUGCUUAGUUUUUCUUGAUGAGGCUCACACGAGAGGGAUUGACCUCCGGUUGCCGCAAAAUUAUCGAGCUGCCGUGACGCUUGGUGCUAAUCUGGUGAAGGAUCGACUGGUACAAGCUUGUAUGAGAAUGAGGAAGCUUGGAAAUGGCCAAUCUGUCGUAUUCUAUGUCCCUGAAGAAAUUGAAACCAAGAUCCGAUCUCUCAACAGCAGCAAUGGCAUCGUCGAUGGCCCCAUAACCGUCCUAGAAGUUCUUACUUGGUCGAUCUCAGAAACUUGGGCUGAUCUUCGUCGCUCAUUCCCCCUUUGGGCAACCCAGGGCAAGACUUUCGCUCAACAGCAGGAGCUUUGGCAGCAGGUGUCUGGUUCCGCUGACCAACAGUCAAUGGAUAGGAGCUUGGCAGAAGAAUUCCUUGAAGAAGAGGCGCAAAGCCUCGAGUCUCGCUAUCGCCCAAGAUCACAGCGGGAUGAUUUGAUAGACGAGGGAAUGGGCCAGUCACAGAAUCCGAUGCUGCAGCAGAUCUACCACAAAUAUUGCGAGUUUAGCGAUCUGGACGCGAACGAAAGCUCCCUCCAAGAGGAGCAAGAGAGAGAGCUAGCCCCGGAGAUUGAGGAGGAGCGCCAGAAAGAACGGGCCGAGCCAGCCAAGCCGCAAUCGCACAAAAUCCACAAAGACGUCCGACAUUUUGUGCUCACUGGAUUGAUUACGCCGCUCAGUAACGGCUUUCGGCAGCCGUUUGACAUAUUCAAGAACACAAGCGCCGCUGCUGAAUUUGAUGUAUCCCAGUGGCCGAAGGGCUUGCUCGUCACGGCAGACUUCGCCAGAACGAUCAGACCAGACUCAAUCCGGAAGUCGUACAUGGAUGAUUAUCUCCGUAACAUCCAAUGGAUCCUCACGAGCUCCGUUGGUGGAUCGAUGAAAAUGGUGGUCAUCAGCCCUUACGAGGCCAACAAGCUACGAGAUAAGAUAGCUAGCUCAAAGGCUGUGAUACGUCACAUCUAUGCCGCGCGACAGAACCAAGGGUUUGCACCCAUUGACAGUCUCGAUCUCUAUACUCUCCCCGGGAGCGUGCCGCGACAGGAGAUCCCGGGGGCUCUUAUUAUCGAGCUCAACCUUUUCGCUGGACAACUUUACUUCCGUUCCUUCAAAGAGUACACGAAAGUUUGUGACUACUUGGGCCUAGCUUGGAAAGCAGCCGAAGAAGGUGAGAAGGUCAUGCCGGAUGGUUUCAUCGAGAGGCCCAUCCACGAUCAAACAUGUGGCUUCGGGACAAGCCCAGUCAAGUUUCUGAAGAUUAUUCUAACAAAGAUUCGAUUCAAUUGUGAGGGAAUCGAGAAAACACAUCUUGGAAAGGUACUAGAGGGAGCGUUGCUCACAGAAGAUGAUUUUCCAGAUGAUGAUGUUGAUGGUAGCGGGUAG